GUUUCCUUCACAGACGUGAGGUUCGGGCUGGAAAACAUGGCGGCGCCGGUAAAGCGGAAGCGAACUGCUCAGGUGGACACGGCCCCGCUAAGUCAGACCCCCACGCCCGGGGUCUCGUCUGGUUAUCGGGAUGCUUCACGUUUCAGCGGAGACCACAACAUGUUCGUGGAGGGAUCCAUACUUCGCAUCACCAUGACGAACUUCCUAACAUAUGACCAUUGUGAGGUGAUUCCUGGAGCAAACCUGAACAUGAUAGUGGGCGCCAACGGAACUGGGAAGUCCAGCAUCGUCUGUGCCAUCUGCCUGGGUUUGGCUGGGAAGGUCUCGCUCUUGGGCAGAGGAGAUAAGGUCGGGCUCUAUGUGAAGCGAGGCUGCUCCAGUGGCUCUGUGGAAAUCGUGCUAUCCCGUGCACCGGAAAAUCUGGUGAUUCGCAGAGAGAUUUCUGUAGAGAACAACCAGUCUGUAUGGACAAUCAAUAAACGGCAAGCCAGUCAGAGGGCAGUGGAAGAGGAGGUGAAGGCCCUCCACAUCCAGGUGGGAAACCUCUGCCAGUUUUUGCCUCAGGAGAAAGUUGGAGAGUUUGCCAAAAUGAGCAAGAUUGAGCUUCUGGAAGCGACAGAAAAGUCUGUGGGACCACCAGAGAUGUACGAGUUCCACUGUGAGCUAAAGAACUUCCGUGCUAAGGAGAGGGAGCUGGAGAACGUAUGCAAGGAGAAGGCCAGCUUCCUGGAGAAGACGAUGCAGCGCAAUGAGCGCAACAAGCAGGACGUGGAGCGCUUCUACGAGAGAGAGCGUCAUCUGGACAGGAUCAAAAUGCUGGAGCGCAAGCGGCCUCUGGUGGAGUAUGAGGCCACCCGCAAGAGGCUGGAGGAGGUGAAGCGGGAGCGGGCCGAUGUGAAGAGGAGCUUGACGGCACUGAAGGAGGAGCACCUACCUGCGCUGAGGCACAUCCAGGCCCUGAAUGGCCAGCUCAAGCCCAUCGAGGACAAGAUGAAGGACAAGACUGUGAAGAUCAAAGAAGCAGCACGGAGAUGUAAAGAGAAACAGGACACCUUGGACCGUAAGCGCAAGGAGGUGGAGGACAUUCAGCAGGCACUGAGCCUGAAGCAGACCGAGGAGUCAGACCGCCAGAAACGCAUUGGCCACACUCGCUGCAUGAUCACGGGGCUGCAGGCUGAGCUGGAGAACUUGGCUAGUCGGGAGGACGUUCAGCCGCAGAUCAGCAGCAUCGGCUCUGAGCUGCGGAGUGUGCAGGAGGACAAGGCCCGCGUGGAGGGCGAGAUUCUGGACCUGCAACGCAACAAGGGGAUUCUGCAGGGAGAUGAACAACGUGUGAGGAAUAAACUGAAGAGUCUGGAGAACAUGAUGAAUAUGAAGGAGGAAAAGCUGAAAAGCAGAUUUCGCGACACCUACAGCGCCCUCCAGUGGUUGCGGCAAAAUCAGAAGCUCUUCACGGGCAAAGUUUAUGAACCCAUGAUGCUGGUGAUUAAUGUCCGGGACCAUCGUCAUGCCAAAUACAUAGAGAGCCACAUUCCUACCAAUGACCUGAGGGCCUUUGUCUUCCAGAAACAGGAGGACAUGGCGAAAUUCAUGACAGAGGUGCGUGACCAGCAGAAAUGGCGCGUGAAUGCUGUGAUCGCCCCGCGGGAGUCCUGGGCUAAGCACCCACCAGCACGGCCCAUUGAGGCCUUAAGAGGCUUUGGGUUUUUCUCCUACCUGCGUGAGCUAUUUGAUGCCCCAGAGGAGGUCAUGAGCUACCUGUGUGGCCAGUACAAGGUUCACGAGGUCCCCGUGGGAACAGAACAGACCAAGAAUAUGAUUGAAGCGGUUAUUCGGGAGACCUCACUGAAGAUCAUCUACACGGCAGCAGAGAAGUACCAUGUGAAGAAGUCCUCCUACUCUGGCAAGACCAUCUCCAGCAACUCAGUGCUUCGUCCUUCCCAGUUCCUUACCCUGACAGUAGAUGUGGAUGAGAGGAAACAUCUGGAGGAGCAGCUGAAGGGUUUUGAGCAGAGGGUGAUGGCCAUUGACAGUCAGUUGAGGGCCCUUCAGGAGCAGCAAAGCCAGCUGGUACGCCAUGAAAAUGAGCUGCUCCACAAGAAGAAAGUGCUGUUGGACCUUAACAUCAAGAAGAGACAGCUGGAACAGAAGAUCAGGACCAAGCAGGACAGUCUCAGACAGAUGGAGGAAAGUGGUAUCAACUUGCAGCAGGCUGAACAGGAAGCCCUUUCCAAGACCAGAGCUGUCAACUCACAGAAGGUGGCUUUAGUCACAGAGUUUGUUCACCACAUGCAGGUGCGAGCUAAGCUGCACAUGGAGAAGGUGUACCUGGCACUGGAGAGCGUGGAGCUGGCUGCCGAGAAGGCCAGGCUGGAGACUGAGUGCAGGGAGAGCUCGGCCCGUCUGGAGACGCUGGAGCAAACAUGUAAACAGCUGGAGCAGAGGAAGACCUCGCUGUUGGAGACAUGUCAGGGGUUGAUGAAGAAAGCAUCAGAGGUGUGCAGUGUUGACCUGAAGGAGGAAGCAGUCCCAGAAGACCUUCAGAGGGCCUUUAGCCUGCUCCCAAACACCCUGGAUGAGAUCGAUGCCUUGCUGAAUGAGGAGCGCUCGCGAGCUGACUGCUUCACAGGGCUGAGCGCCACGGUGGUGGAGGAGUAUACUAGACGGACACAGGAAAUUGAGCGCCUGAAGAAGGAGCUGGGGAAGGAGAAGGUUACCCUGGAUAACUACCGGCACAACAUCUCACAGGCCAAAGAGCGCUGGCUGGACCCCCUGAAGCAGCUAGUAGAGCAGAUCAAUGAGAGGUUUGGACAUUUCUUCCGCUCCAUGCAGUGCGCUGGUGAGGUGGAUCUGCACUGUGAGAACGAGGAGGAAUACGAUAAAUAUGGGAUCCGUAUCAGAGUGAAGUUCCGCAGCAGCACGCAGCUCCAUGAGCUGACGGUGCAUCACCAGAGCGGCGGGGAGCGCAGCGUCGCCACCAUGCUGUACCUUAUGGCUCUGCAGGAGCUGAACCGCUGCCCUUUCCGAGUGGUGGACGAGAUAAACCAGGGCAUGGACCCUGUCAAUGAAAGGAGGGUUUUUGACAUUGUGGUGCAGACCGCCUGCCGGGGCACCACAUCCCAGUAUUUCUUCAUUACACCCAAGCUUCUGCAGAACCUCCACUACGCAGAACAUAUGACCAUUCUCUGUGUCCACAAUGGUCCCCAUAUGCUCCCUCCCAGCAAAUGGAAUGAAAAAGGUUUCAUCCGACGAAUCCGUCAGGGAUCGAACCGCAGUGCUAACAGCUGAGGUGGCUGCUCAGUCUGCCUCCAGACCACUAUAGUACUGGUUCACGAGCUUAAUCACCAGUAAAAUUUCCUUCCUGAGUUUCCUGAGGUUGAUGCCGAUCACGGGGCAGCAUGCUGUGUUGAUCUCUAUCGCUGUCAUUGCUUUACAUGUUUAUCAAAUGGUGUACUUUUUGUGUAAUAAAUACCUCGUCAAUGCA